UGCGACUGUGUGUCUGUGCGACUGUGUGUCUGUGCGUGUGACUGAGAGACUGUGUGUGUCUGUGUCACCGUUCCCUCCCCCCGGGAGGCUUCUCUGUGGCCUGGUGGAGUCAGUUGGUCUGGUUAGCCUGGAGGAGACUUAGGGAGCUCCUUAUAGCAUUUUGCUGCUUCCUCACAAGGGGAGCAGCAGGCACUGAUGUCGCUGGUGGGCGGCGGUAGGGCCUGAGGGAAUGGCAGGAAGAUGUGCCAGGGGAUGUCUGGGUUGGAUAUUAGGAAAAGGUUCUUCACCCAGAGGGAGGGUGGAGCACUGGAAUAGGCUCCGCAGGGAAGCAGUUUUGGCACCAAGCCUAACAAUAUUCAGGAAGUAUUUGGACAAUGCACUCAGACCCAUGUUGUAAAGUUCGGGAGUGUCCUGUGUAGGGACAGGAGUUGCACUUCGUGAUACUUAUGGGUCCCUUCUAACUCAGGUCAUUCUGUGGUUCUCUGGUGGCUGAUGGCAAGCAGCACAAUGCCCAGCUGGUGCCGGUUCAGUGGUGCGCGUUGUUGAGGAAGUAGAGUGCUUAAGUAGGUCCCUGAGUUGGUGGCAAUACCAAGUGGGUGAAAUGUAAAAACCUAGUUCUACCGCCAUUAUAACGAGAAUUGUUUAUUUGCUUGUGUUAUACAGUUAAAUACAGUGGGCCAGCAGAUUAAAUGAAAUUGUGUUUAGACUCAGCAUAGCACCAAGCUGUGCUUGAUAUUUAUUAAGUGUACAAGCGGUGCACAGCAAAGGUUUCUGCAUGUGUCUAGCUGUUCUGGUGAGGAUGCUGUUCUGUGAUCUGAGUUCUUUUGCUGCCCUGUAAAUUUGCCCAGCAGGUGGUUUUUUUUUAAUCACUAUAAACUUACAGCUUUCUAAAAACUCCUAGCAUGGAACUAGAUUUCUCAGUUUUGCUAUGUGCUUUGUUUCUUUUUAUACUUUUAUAGUUUAGUCACCAGGUAAUAUCAUUUGAUGUCUCCUUCCGUCUGUGUUGAAUGAGAUAGUAAGUUAUCAUCCCCUGUGUAAGUUCACACAGCCAGUCUGGGUAUUCUGAGGUUGUACCAGAUGAACUUCCAUGUGGAACAGUUCUACUUUACAUAGCUGUUUCUCAACUGGAAGUUUUUAUGGGUCUGAUUAGUUUGGCCCUUUUCCUUUCUUGUUGCAAGUGUGUUAAGUUUAAGUGCUAGGGCUAGAAGCUGCUUUUUUUACUUUAUUUGGAGGCGUGGUAUUCUGGUGAUGUAGUGAAAACCACUGUGAAAGAAUAUUGCUUAAGUUCUGGAGAGAAAAGGGUAAUGUGUUGUGCAUUGAUACGUCCCCUGAUGUCAGUGGCACUUUUCAGCUUCAGAAAAUGGCCAUCAAUCAUGUUGGAUUUUAAUUUAGUAGUUUCUGUUCCUGUGGCCACAGUAUGUUUGUUAUCUAAUGCUGGUAAAUCAGAGCUAAAAUAAAUGAAAUAAAAGGGCAUAGAAGAACCAUUUAGAGUUUCUAUUCCAAUUCCUACUACAGUUUCAGUAAUCCAAAUAUGAAUAAUGUGAUUAUUUUUUUCUAAAUUCUUAAAAAUGUUUAUCCUCACAUAUUUGCGCAUAUCCAGUAAUUCUUAUCCCAUGUUGACAUACAGAGUGUCUCAGAAGAUCACCUGAAGCUUUCUAGUCUGUGACAAUGUGAAGGACUGUUUGCAAUGUGAACAAUGUUUGAUACCCAUAUGAGAUACUUCAUGUUAUCUUGAGCAGUAAAUAAAUAAAUAGAUAAAUAAAUGGAUCCUCUAAAUAUACUGGUGAAUAUUCCUAUUGAGACCAUGGAAUUAUUUACUCUUAAUAGUUGUACCAUAGCAAUAUUUAGAGAUUAUAGUUGGGAGUUAGUAUUGUUUUGCUGCAUGGAUACUAACGUGUAACAAAAACAUAUACCUGAGAAGUGCUUUCCUAAAUUUACUAGGAUAAGUAUAUAAAGUAUGAGAUAGCAAAAAUAUUUAGGAAAACAUGCAUAUUUCAUUCAGUAUGAGUAUUUAGACUUUACAUUGAAGUAGAAGAGAAACUCACAACUAGUUCUGUAUGGAAUAGUCAAUUGUAUCCCUUGGUGUUGCAUCCGGGAGUGCUGAAGGCUUUAAGGAGCUUGCAAACCCUGAUACUACAAAAUUAAAUUUUACAAGGAAAACAAGAACUUUACAGCAGUUAAUGCUUGAACGUUGGGCCUUUUGUCUUUUAGGUAUACUUAUUUGUGUUGGAGGAUACAAAUACAGGUGUGUUGAUUGGCUUUCACACCCUUAUUCAUCCAGCUGUACUUGCACACGUGAGUGACAUCGCAUAAAAGAAAUGAUUGAAUCUGUAAAAAUAAGAAGACAGUGCAUGCUGGAUUUCUACUCGCAUUAUGAACAUCUUUGUGCUCUUGAAGGCUCUGUCCCACUGAAAGCUGUGAAGGCUAACGUGACUCAGGGUGCUCUUGAUAUAAUUGUAGAUCGCAUCAAAGCUGCUGAUUGGGUGCCAAUUCUGAAUGCUAUCAGGCCUAAUAAGACUCUGAUUUCUAUUGGAAUAAGAAGUUUUCAUCAACAGAGUCUUGGAGAAUCAGGUGUUGAAAGAUACAAAACUUACUUUAGAAGAAGAAUUCCAGCAAUUCGAUCAAAAGACUUGACUGGCCAACUGUGCAAAGCUCUCAAGUGCUGUCUUAGUAUAUCAGAUGUACUAAAAAAAUUAGAACUGCAGGGUUUGCUUCUGAGGGAGAGAGAUCUAAUGCUUUUAACAAAGGGCUUGGCCACAGCAUCAUCUCUACAGAGUGUCUCUUUAGCCCACUGUCCGAUUGGAGAUGGAGGAUUAGAAACAAUCUGUCAGAGUAUAAAGAAUUCAGCUACUAUCAGAUACGUAAACUUCACAGGAUGCAACCUCACAUGGCGAGGGGCAGAACAUAUAGCAAAUGUAUUGAAGCAUCAGGCAAUGAAAAGACAUGGUGAAGCUUGGGCUGAAAGCCUGCGUUACAGGAGACCUGACCUUGACUAUAUGACUGGCUUGAGACGGAUUACUUUCAACUGCAACAUGCUUGUUGGAGAUGGAGGAGCGAGUGCCUUUGCAGACUGUCUAGGAGAGGACCUUUGGCUAAAAGCACUUGAUUUGCAGCAGUGUGGAAUAUCCAAUGAAGGAGCAAGAUCAUUAUUAGAUGCUCUUCAAACUAAUACAACAUUAGUGGUACUUGACAUAAGAAAAAACCCAUUAGUCGAUCACGUUAUGAUGAAAAACGUUAUUGAAAGAGUUCUUAUGAACGGAACUAGUGCUAAUUCAGAGUAUAUGUGGCUGACGUCUCCGUCUUCUAAGGAUGCUUUGAAAACUAGACCAAAGAAAAGAACUAUUGUCCUAGGAAGUGGUCGAAAAGGAAAAGCUACUAUUCGUAUUGGAUUAACAUCUAAAAAGUCUGUAAGUCCUGGGGGAAAACAGGCAUCAGUGAAAGACAGUUACUCACCAAAACCACUACCACCAGGCACAAAAGGCUUCCUGCCUUGGCGAACUGCAGAACGUGCAAAGAGAUGCAGAGGAGGGCCAGUGGAUAGUACUGAAGAAUUACCAGUGAAGAUUCAGACAGAUAGUCCUGUGAAAGUGACAGUAGAAGGUGCUUCUACAUCUGAAACUGGAGACACAGAAGAUUUAGAUGAUGUUAUCCAUCAUCCUGAUUUGGCAAAAUCAUCAGAUAAGAUUAAUGUAACAAGGAAUAAACAAUUACAGCUGGAGCUGGAAGAAUGUAUUGAAAAAUUUAAGGAAGAACAAAGAGCCAGAGUAAAGGCUGAGGAACGGGUAAUGGAGCUGGAAACUGAAAACGCAAGAUUAAGGAAUCUAAAUAUCUCCCUGUCUGAGAUUCUUCGUGCACAGUCAGUAACCAACAUGAUUUUGGAAGAUGAAAGUGUUCUAGGCAGCAUUGAGAACUCCUUCCAAAAGUUUCAUGCAUUUUUAGACUUCCUUAAAGAUGCUGGACUUGGACAACUUGCUGUGUUAGCUGGGAUAGACCAGUCAGAUUUUGGACUUUUGGGGCAUCCAUCAAUGAAUUCUACUCUCAGUAACCCUCCUAACAUGCUAAAGGAGAAGUCCUUUGAAGAAGAAAGACAAGAACAUACCCAGAAUAGCAAAUAUCUGCAUUGGAAUCUCUUAUUUCAGAACAGAGCUGGGGACAUCCAGAUUUCUCAUCCUGGCACAUUUCAAUCCCAGAUGGUUAUGAAUAAUGCCUUCUCUGCUCUUAGAGAAAUAAAGGAACUUCAGACUGCUGGGCAGCAUCAUGAACCAGGCUCAUGGGAGGAAAAUGAGGCUCAAACAAUUAACCAAACUAAAGAGGAUAAGCCUCGAAGUAGUACUCCAACAUUUUCUGAGAGGGGAGUCAAACAAAAUGAACAAGCAAAAGGACAUCCCUCAGCAAGGCAAUUAUUUAACAGUCUGCAUUCAUUUUCUGAUUCCAGUGCACGUAUUAAAAGUAGUGGUAGCAGAACAUCCACUAGUGCUUCUGGUGAAAAAAGCAAAAAUUGUUCCUCAAAGAAAUACAUUCCUCGAGCAAAUGAAAUGGCAAUUCUGAAUGAUGGAGCAAGAGGAGAUCAAUGUAUACUGCAGACAAUAAGUGGCUCUGGAACUGAUACUAUAGGAACUGCCUCAGAAAUACAAGAAAUUAUCCAAAGUGUUACGAGCAUUUGAAAUGGUUCUAAAAUGUUUAGUCUGUUCUCGAUGCUUGCAAGAUUAAAAAUAAGUUUUGGAUGCCUUAGUAGAGUUUCUGGGUUUUUUUGUAAAAUAAUGUAGACUUCAUAGCAUUUUAAAGCAUUGCAUUUUGCUUCGUGUGCCCAUUUCAUGUUUGCAUCACUUGUCACAUUUUUGGAAACACAGGAUGUACUGGUAGAAUGUCACCUUUCAGUUUGUACUGCAUGCAAACAAUUCCUUGUGUAUGGAUUUUAUUGUGUAUCACAGAUUUCAUUAUAGAAUGUAAACUUUGUGAGCUAAUAAAUUAAUAAUUU